AUGAAGUUCUCCUGCUUUACCUGGUCGCUGCUACCUUCAGCUUUCGCGCUCGUGAAUCCUGCCUCAGCCGCGCCCGGCUGGACCUUUGACACCAAGAACCAGACGUCCGGCAUCGUCGCGCUCGAGGCCAUCGUUGUCUCUCCGACCUUGGCUCUCUGGUUCGACCGCGCCUCCUUGGACCCUCUUCAGAUCAACGGCCACUCGGCGUGGGGCGCACUGUGGAACCUCGAGACCGGAAAUGUCACUGCUCUCGACGUCGUCACCAACUCGUUCUGUGCGGCCGGCGCCAUGCUUAGCAACGGGACGAUGGCCAGCAUCGGCGGAGACCAGACCGGCUUCGCAGGAAACCCGGUGAUCCAGCCUGGGAACCAGGCCAUCCGUCUCUUCGAGCCCUGUGCUUCCCCCACCGGCGAAGGGUGCACGCUGUUCGAGAGCCCCGAGCUCAUCCUCAUAGCCGAGCGCUGGUACCCCUCGGCGAUCCGCAUCUUCGAUGGCAGCCUGCUCAUCGCGGGCGGCAUGCAUGGCGAGGCCGUGUUCUACAACAUCGACCCCGAGAACAGCUUCGAGUUCUUCCCGCGCAAGGAGCAGACGGUCCGGCCGUCCGCGUUCCUCGAGCGCGCCCUUCCCGCGAACCUCUUCCCUCGGCUCCUCGCCCUCCCGGACGGCCGCGUCCUGAUGAUCGCGAACAACCAGACGAUCAUCUACGACAUCGAGGCCGACACCGAGACCAUCCUGCCCGACAUCCCCAACGGCGUCCGCGUCACGAACCCGAUCGACGGCUCCGCGAUCCUCCUCCCGCUCUCCCCGCCGGACUUCGUCCCCGAGGUCCUCGUCUGCGGCGGCACCCAGGUCGACGACACCAUCCAGCCCGCGAACCUCUCCUCGCAGAUCGCGGCGACGACGCAGUGCUCGCGCAUGACGAUUACUGAUGAAGGUAUCGCCCGCGGCUGGGAGGUUGAGUAUAUGCUCGAGGGCCGCACCAUGCACGAGCUCCUCCACCUCCCGAACGGGCAGGUGCUCAUCGCGAACGGCGCCGGCUCCGGCUUCGCGGGCUUCAACUCCGUCGCGGACCCGGUCGGGAACUCGAACGCGGACCACGCGGUGCUCGUCCCGAGCCUGUACACGCCCGACCGCGCGCGCGGGGAGCGCAUCUCGAACGCGGGGAUGCCGAGCUCGGGGAUCGCGCGCGUGUACCACUCGAGCAUCACGCUCACCCCCCAGGGCAACUUCCUCAUCGCGGGCAGCAACCCGAACACGGGGACGGUCACCGGCGCGGACGUCAAGUUCCCGAGCGAGUUCCGCGUCCAGACGCUCGACCCGCCGUUCAUGGCCGUCGAGCGGCCGCGGAUGUUGAGCAUGCCGGCGAAGCUGGCGUUCGACUCGAGCGUGACGGUGCCGAUCUCCGUCCCGGCAUCGCUCGUCGCGAACGCGACGAAUGUGAAAGUGGCGCUCAUGGACCUUGGGUUCUCGACGCACGGGUUCCACGCUGGAGCUCGCCUCGUCUUCAUGAACGCGACCGUCGCGCCUGGCGGGACGUCCAUGACGUUCGUUACGCCGCCCAACGGCCGCGUCUUCCCACCCGGCCCGGGGACUGUCUUCUUGACCAUCGACGACGUGACGAGCCCCGGUGCAACGGUCAUGAUGGGCAGCGGGAACUCUCCGCCGACGCUCGAGUAA